AGAAUUGCAGCAGCCGUCCAAGUGCCAUGAAACAGGUGGACUCAGUGCCUUGUCCUCCAGAGGAUGUUGUGCCUGUACUGAACUGCUCCACAAACACAGCCCGUGUGUCGUGGCAGGCCAGCAAAGGGGCUGAUUUCUAUAUCGUCCAAGCCUUCGGCGUGGAAGAACAUGAAUCUGUUUGCGAGACAAAGACACAGUCGUGCGUCCUACCAGAGCUCAUGUGUGGCUUCACCUACAACAUCAGCGUGAUUGCUGCCAACAGCAUGUGCAAUGUCUCGAAGAGUGACGUCUCACACCUGCACGCAGUUCCCUGUGUCCCGCAGAAGGUGGAGGCCUGGUUGGAUUGUGAGUCUGGCGCUGUGGCCGUGUCCUGGGAGCCUUGCAAAGGAACAUCAUCAUACACCACAAUUGCCCAGGGCAACGGGGGCUAUGAGUCAACGUGCAACAGCAGCAAGACAACGUGCGUGUUCGAUGACCUGCUGUGUGGCCUCAACUACUCCAUCACCGUCAGCGCUUCAGAUGACACGUGUAGCAGCGCUAAAAGCUCUCCGCUAGUAAUUAACACAGUGCGGUGCAUACCACAGAAUGUAAAAGCAGAGAUGGUGUGCAGUAAUGACACAGGCGUGGUGUCAUGGGAAGAAGAAGAGGAGGUGUCCUCCUACAUGGUGCGAGCUUUUGGGCCCGAUGGUCACAAAACUCAUUGUAACAGCACCACAGCAAGUUGCCAGCUACCCAACAUGCAUUGCGGUCAGCUGUACAACCUGACAGUGACAGCUCAGGAUGGAGCGUGUGACAACAGCAACGCCUACCUCGAUCUGCAGUCAGUGCCUUGCAGUCCGACCAACAUCAAGGCUUCCCUACUCUGCCACUCAAACUCCGCUGCAGUGACAUGGGAACAAGCCAGUGGAGCACUCACCUAUCGUGCAGUGGGCGUGACAGAAGACGGGAGCCACCAGGCUGAAUGUAACAACACCAUGACCUUCUGUGACCUGAGCGACCUGCAGUGUGAACAGACCUACAACGUGAGCGUGUAUGCCCUGGAUGAGUCCUGCUCCAGUGUGGAGAGCAACAAGGCUUACGUGCGAACAGCCAAUUGUCCACCCCAGAAUGUGGUCGUUGAUUCACAGUGUGAUGAGGGCACCAUCGUUGUGUCUUGGUCCCCUAACCCCGAUCACCAGUACUUCCAUGUGGCAGCGGUGAGCAACACAGGAGCGAGACUCUACUGUAACUCCAGUGACAGUGCCUGCACCAUAAGGGAUCUACCAUGUGGACAGAGCUACAACGUGACGGUGCUGUCUGUGAGGGAUGGCUGUGAGAGUAAGCCCAGUGCUGUGGUAGAGACUUCCUCAGCUCCGUGUGUGCCCAGGAAAAUUGAGGGCAGGCUGGACUGUGUAUCCAACAAUGCUUGGGUGACUUGGGACCCCUCAAAAGGAGCCCUCAGCUACUCUGUACUGGCCACGGGGAUCGGAGGUCACAACUCCAGCUGCACUUCCACAUCCUCUCCCUGUGAAGUCCCUGAUCUUGAAUGUGGGACGAUUUACACCAUCCACGUCACUGCUGUCAACAAACACUGCCGCAGCAACCACAGCACCCCCUUCGAGCUUCAGACAGGUCCGUGUGCUCUCUCAUCUAUUAGCGCAGUGACAGAAUGCAACAGCAGCACAAUCCUGGUUGAAUGGGAGUCGAUGGAUGACACACCCCUCUACCUGGUGACUGCUGAGGGCCACGACCAAACCCUCAUUUCCUGUAACAGCUCCUCCAACUCGUGUGAACUGCUGGGUAUCCGCUGUGGCAUGCAUUAUAGCGUCAUAGUAUCAGCUUCUUCUGAUAAAUGCAGCAGCCUCAGAAGCCCUCCAAAGAAGAUCAAAACUGCGCCCUGUGUCCCAGACAAUGUGACAGUGGAAGCAUCGUGUGAGGAGAAUGGUGCCACAGUGAUGUGGGGACACUCCCCUGUGGCUACAUCCUACCUCCUGACAGCCAUAGGGGGGGACGGACAUGUUGCGAGCUGCAACACCUCAGUGAACAACUGCACCCUGACUCACCUGCACUGCGGACAGUCCUACAACUUAAGCAUCAUCGCCAGUGGAGACAACUGCACCAGCCAGCCCAGCACCUCAAACUUCAGGACAGUGCCCUGUGAGCCUUCCGGUCUCUCAGUGGAUAUGGAUUGUGAGACCAACUCUGCCGAGCUGUCUUGGGAUGCCAGUGAGGGCGCUGUGGAAUACUUUGCCUGUGCUCAGUCCAUGGAUGGAGACGCGUUCUACUGCGACAACACCGCAGCUUCCUGCACCAUCGAAGGCCUGAAAUGCGGAGGCGUUUACAAUUUCUCUGUUGAAGCUUCAAACGGCAUCUGCAACAGCUCGUUCAGUCCACCUCUGCAGGCGGGAGCAGCACCAUGCCCUCCAACUGGCGUCAAUGUCCGAAUGCAGAAGAUAGGUCAAAGUCACUGGGCCAUGACGUCAUGGGACAACGUCAACUGUUCUGAUGUUGAGUACCUCGCAAAGAUAACCGGCCGAAUCCAAAACAACCCACAGUCCCAGAUGGAGGUCUCUUCUUACUGGCUGCCCAGGAAAUACUUUGAGUUCCCAAUGCCUUGCAGCACCGCUUAUAAUCUCACUGUACACUCCAGAAACUCAGCGGCGGUCAGUGGACCAUCCAGUACCUUAAGUGGAGUCACAGUCCCCUGUGCUCCGCAGAAUGUGCGGUACACCGGUGACACAGACUUAGCCGAGCUUUCCUGGGAUGCGUCAGUGUUUGCCACCAGAUACAAAGUCUACAAUUUGUCGGGGCAAGACCGAGUUGAGCUUUGCCACACCACCGGGCUCUCCUGUCAGCUGACCAACUUCGAUCCUGACGCUACUGGUGUGACGGCCAGCAAUGCAGUUGGAGAGAGCAUCCCUAACCAAGAUAUUACAGGUCCAGCAGGAGCUCGCAGAAGAAGAGAUUUGCGGGACAGUGCAACCUAUGCCCGUUUAGACAAAGAUCUAAAAACCCCAAAAGUGCUGAAAGUAAAAGUAAGUGGAGUUUCCUUGUAUGUGAAUUGGACGUCAGUGAAGGAUGCAACCGAGUACAAAGUUGUGAUCGAGGAACAGAAAGACCAGCAGGCCAAUCAGCAACCUAGAGUGAGAAUCGUGGAAGGUAAUUUUUACAAAGAGAACAACCUGAAGCCGUGGACCAACUACUGCAUCAGGCUGGCAGCCAAAAACACCGUCAACCAAAGUGAAUACUCCGCGCCGAUCUGUAGAACCACCGGUGCCUCCUCAUGAAAAAUCACAGAUCCACUUAAAUGGACACUGGACUCAGCAGAAAUACCUUCAUAAUGGUUAUAUAUUUUUUUUCACUCUGUAGCAUCCUUAACACAACUUUUAAAGAUUCAAUCUUUAAGAAACUUUGAAAUUGUAAAAAAAGAAAGAUAUUACUACAAAACUACAAUACAAUUAUUCUGUUUCAUCUCAAGAUCGCAUUACGAUCAAACCUAAGGGCAAAACAUUCUAGAUUUGAAUGCUCAUGAAUCUAUUUUUAGCAAUAGCACAUAUUUCUGAAUAUUGUAUUUAUCAUAAAAAACUUUUACAGAACUUGUUUAACAAUCUAAGCAAUGAAGGAUUAAAAUAAAUCUGUGAAACAUUAAACAUCCUUAUGUGUAAACAUCGAUGUUGAAAACCCUCCUUUUUUGGGUGAAAAAAACCUCAAUGUGUGUGUGUCUGAAUCAAUCCAAAGCUACGGAGCUGAAAAGGUCUGGCAAUCCAUCCAAAUGAUACAUUAUUGAGUUGAGACAUUUAUCUUUGACUCCUUUAUUCCCAUCAUCUUUCAUGCUUUGUUCCCUCUCUAUCGCCCUCUUGUU